GGAAAAGACUUCUAAAGGAGAACUAACAUCAGAAUCUAUCAGUCUUGAAAACUCCUUCCAGGAGCCAAGAAUGGUGAGACAACAGAUAUGGCCUUGCGGCGGGGCGUGCCAUGCCAGGGAGAUCCUACAGAGUCUAAACAUUUACAGGAAAAGUGGGAUUUUUACUGACGUGGUCCUCCAAAUUGAAGACCAGACCUUCCCCUGCCAUCGCGGCAUUUUGUCAGCCAACAGUUCUUAUUUCAGAGCCAUGUUUGGAGGAAGCCUCAAGGAGAGCAAUCUCAGUGUUAUCAACAUUCAAAAGCUAUCAGCCCGAAUCAUGGGCUUUCUGUUGGACUACAUGUAUGGUGGGAACCCACCAAUACAAGAAGACAAUGUGGAAGAGCUCUUGCAGGCUUCAGAUCUCCUCCACAUUUACAGUUUAAGAGAUGAGUGUGUGAAAUUUUUGGACAGCCAACUGGACCCUUCCAACUGUGUUGGCAUCAUGAAGUUCGCAGAUUUGUUCUCAAUCGCUUCUCUGUCCGAGAAAAGCAAAAAGCUUGUGCUGGAAGGUUUUGAGCAGGUCUCCUGCCAUGAGGAGUUCACGCAACUGAGCAAAGAGGAACUGAUCGAGUACUUGUCCAAUGAUGACCUGGUGGUGAGCAAAGAGGAAGUUGUCUUUGAAGCCGUCAUGCGGUGGGUCAAGGAAAACAAGACUACUGGAAGUAAAGCUUUGAAGGAUCUUCUGGAACAUGUGAGGCUGCCGUUGCUGGACCCUGCUUAUUUUCUGGAGAAGGUGGAAAUAGAUAAGACUAUGCAGAACUGUCCAGAGUGUUUCCCUUUGUUGCAUGAGGCUCGGAUGUUCCAUAUUCUUGGGAAUCCAGUAAACUCUCUCAGAGCAAGGCCAAGGAGAUUCGCAGACUUGUCGGAAGCCAUCGUCAUUAUCGGCGGUUGUGAUAAGAAGGGACUUUUAAAAUUACCCUUUACUGAAUGUUACUAUCCAAAGAGUGGGCAGUGGAAGCCUCUUGCCAGCAUGCCAGGAUAUACCAAGUCUGAAUUUGCUGCCUGCACAUUAAAGAAUAAUAUAUACAUCUCAGGUGGACACAUUAACAGCAGCGAUGUUUGGAUGUUUAACACUCAGCUCAAUGCCUGGAUCAGAAUCGCAUCAUUAGCAAAGGGCCGAUGGAGGCACAAAAUGGCCAUUCUGAACGGAGAGAUCUACGCUGUUGGGGGCUUUGAUGGCAUGAAAAGGUUGUCUACGGUGGAGCGCUACAACACGUUCACUAACGCCUGGAUCCCAGGAACUCCCAUGUUGGAAGCUGUGAGCUCUGCGGCAGUGGUGACCUGUAUGAACAAGCUCUAUGUCAUCGGAGGAGCAGUAGAGGAUUAUGGGAACACAGACAAGGUCCAGUGCUACGACCCAGAAGAAGACAAGUGGACAUACAAGUCUCCAUCCCCCUUCUCCCAGAGGUGUAUCAAUGCUGUUGAGUUGGAUGGAAUGAUCUACGUUGUUGGGGGUCUGUUGAGCACAAUAUUUAGAUACAACCCAAACACAGAUGAGUGGAGUGAAGCCGCUUCCCUGCCAGGCCCUCUGGAGAGCUGCGGAGUGACCAUUUGCGGUGGGAAGAUUUACAUCCUGGGCGGAAGGGAUGAAAACGGAGAAGGAACCGAGAAAGCUUUCGUGUACGACCCAAAAUCGGGGCACGUGAGCGCGGAACCCCCUCUGCAACGCUGUACCAGCUAUCACGGCUGUGUUACAAUCCUGCACAGGUCGGAACCAUAAUGUCUUCUCUACGACCGCGCGCAUCAAACUCAGCGACUUCUUUUGUUUACGGACUCAUUGAAACUGUAAAUCUUAUUCUCAUUGAUAGUCAAUGUUUCACAAGCCGAUAGGUGCUUCGAUUUUGGUAUGUACUUAUGUGCAGACUUUAGACCGGUGUCUCGUGUACUCCUUUUUGUUGUACUAUUAUU